UUUCUUCUUCUUCUUCUUCUUCUUCUUUCUCUUACUUUAACAAACCUAGAAGGAAGAAAAGUUUUAAAGAAAGAUGGAAAUUGACGGGGACACCAAUGAAGACAACUCAAGGAGGAUUCAAGUGAGAUUUGUAACAAAGCUAAAAGCUCCGUAUAAAGUUCCCACAACAGCCAUUGCCAUCCCUUCUGACCUCUCUCGUUUAGGCCUGUCCUCCAUUGUUAACAAGCUUCUUCAAGCUGUGGUUUCUGAGUGGAAAACUGAGGCCUUUGAUUUCCUGAUCAAUGGAGAGCUGGUUCGGAUGUCCCUCGAGCAGUUUCUUCUUGCCAAGGGCAUUUCCGCGGAGAAAAUUUUGGAAAUUGAGUACAUAAGAGCUGUUGCUCCUCGAAAAGAGGAAGAGCCUUCUCCACAUGAUGAUUGGGUCAGUGCAGUCGAUGGUUCUAGUCCUAGGUUCAUUUUGACUGGUUGCUGUGAUGGUUUGGGAAGAGUAUGGAAAGAAGCUGGACUGUGUACGCAUAUUCUAGAAGGGCACAGUGAUGCAAUUUCUUCUGUUAGUAUCAUCAACUCAGAAGCGCUGGGAAGUGUUACAGUAGCCACUGCUUCAAAAGAUCGAACUCUGAGGCUUUGGAAGUUUGAUGCAGAGGACUCCAAUGAUCAUCCAGCAAUGAUAAGAGCAUUCAAGAUCUUGCGUGGGCAUAAUGCAUCUGUACACAGUGUUGCAGCAAAGACAUCUGGAGACAUGGUUUGCUCAGGUUCUUGGGAUUGUACAAUCAAUUUAUGGCGGACAAAUGACUCUGAUACAGAUGGGGAUGUGGUGUCAAUCAAGAAAAGAAAGGUGAAUAGUAAAGCUGAGCAAUCUCAAUCAGAGGGAGAGGCUGUUUCUAUGCUUGUAGGCCAUACACAGUGCGUGUCGUCUGUGGUUUGGCCUCAACAUGAGACUAUUUAUUCUGCAUCAUGGGAUCAUUCUGUUAGACAAUGGGAUGUUGAAACAGGCAAAGAUUUAUCUAAUAUAUUCUGUGGCAAAGUCCUUAACUGCAUUGACGUAGGAGGUGAAGGAUCAGCUCUCAUAGCUGCCGGUGGUUCUGACCCAAUUCUUAGAAUAUGGGAUCCUCGCAAGCCAGGAACAUCUGCACCUGUUUUUCAGUUCUCUUCGCAUAGUUCUUGGAUUUCGGCUUGCAAGUGGCACGAUAGGUCUUCUUUUCAUUUACUUUCUUCAUCCUAUGAUGGGAAAGUAAUGUUGUGGGAUCUAAGAACAGCGUGGCCUCUGUCUGUCUUGGAUACUCACAAGGACAAGGUGUUGUGUGCUGACUGGUGGAAGGGUGACAGUGUGGUCAGUGGUGGGGUGGAUGCACAGCUCCGUAUUUGUUCAGACAUCUCUAUUCCAUGAGUCCUUGGUUGUAGCUGGAAAUGAUUUCAUUGCUAUAUAACAAAGAGCAUGACAAACUCGAGACCACAUGAUGAGCAUCUUCCAUUUUUUUUUUUUUUUUUGUGUUCGAAAAAGGAUGGAUGAUAGAUACUGCACUUUUUUCUCAGCUAGGUUGUUCUGUGACAUAAUGCUGGGAAUGGAGCCGGACAAUUCCAUGUCAAGUGAGAGGCUAAACCAUUUAUGGAUCGGUGUCAUCUGUGAACCAAUUUUGUUCAGGGAACUUUAGGACAUGUAAAAAGCACUUUGGGCUCAAAUUAAGAUAUGCCCUCAGAAGUUUACUUAAAAGAUUAUGUUUUAUUUAUUCCAUUAUCAUUAAUUUGCUUAAAUAUACAACUCAAUACUGUUUCUGUUUUAUCUGAUGCAUUAAAGUUUAUAGGAUAUAGGUAA